AUGAUGGAUUGGAAAGGAGCGAUGACGUCUGCAGGCGGGUACUGGAAGCCACCGAAACCAAAACGAAGCUGCUGAGAUCUCUGUUUUGGAGGUCCUGAAUGGAUAGAAGAAGUUCCAGCCUCCAGCUCAGUUCACCAGAAAGAAAAGCAAGGCAAACAAUACUGGACAAAAGAAGAAGACAAAAAACUGAUAAAACUCGUGGGGAAGCUGGGCUAUGACUGAGAAACUAUUUCAAGAAAAUUUUCUGGAAAAACUGCAAUUCAAUGCUCACGCAGAUGGAACAACAAGCUAGACCCAAGCAUCAAAAGAACGCCUUGGACUGCUGACGAAGAUGUCGUGCUAAAACGCUUGGUUUUAGAACUCGGCUAUAAUUGGGAUGAAAUUCGAAAAUAUUUAGACGGUAGGUCAGCACAUGGCGUAAAACAUAGGUUUCUGUCCUAUAUCCAGCCACAGCUUUCUCGAGAAGAAAUUCAAGCUAUUGAAAGAGUCAACUCUGGGCUGGCAACUGAAGAGAACAAAGAAAAUAAUAAUGUGAGUGAAUAUAUGGAUCUUGAUGGCGGGAAGGAUGCUGAACUCCAACGAUUGAAUAAAUUGAUGGAAGAACUGCAUGCUGUGAUGCUUAGAACCAAUGAACAAAUCAGCUCUCUUGAAACGGAAAUGUACCAACCUGGGAUCAAUUAA